GUCAAAUUAACAGAUAUAAUUUGUUGUUGGUUUUAUCAACAUUAUUGUUUAUUUAAUACUUACUUGUUGGGUCCCUUACCCUCGUUCCAUUUUUUAAGUUUAGUUAUAAUUACAUUCCAAAUUGUUCCAUAUUCAGCAAUUUAAUCUUUGUUCAGUAGCAGUUAUGAUCAGUUUUUUUUAAUUGACCAUUUCAAACUAUGAAUAAGUAUAGUUUCCAAAGACCUGAAAUGGAGAUGCCUUUGCAAAGUUCCCAUUAUAACCCUUCUAGGGAAACUCUUGGACGCUAUUCUGAAUAUUCGUUACAUUCUAGUUACAAGAUACGAGCUGGCGAUGCAGCAUCUACCAAUUCAGUGGCAUGUACAACACGAAUACCAUAUGCUACUUUAAUAGCUGCUCUUCUAUGUUGUACUGGUAUUGGAGUAUUUUGUUGUACUAUGUAUCGUGGUGUAACGCUUAGUGCAUUGAUGUUGGAUCAAGUGUUUCAUCUCUAUAUUGGCUGGCUUGAAACUGUAAAAACCGUUUUAGUUUUGAUAGCUGCAGGAAUGGGAGCUCUAACAUUAAUGAUUAUAUUUGUUGGAUUUCUGGCUACAGGAGCAACACGCCGUCGUAUUUAUAAGGCAUGGAGAAAUAGAGUUGGUGGUCGUAUAUCUUGUGCAGUUUUUAUGGGUAUUAUUUACGUACUUCAAUUCUUUUGGAUUUUUGUAUUUGGUUUACUAAUAGUUUCGACAUUUAUAUUGACCGUUUUUUGGAAAAUGUGUGUUAGCACCCAAGUUCAAGAUUAUCAUCAAUGCAUUGACUUAACACAAUUUAAUUUCUUAUUUCCACAAUCUACUCGUAUUGAAUAUUUAAAGAUAUGUGAAAUUCGAGAAAUAAAGUUCUUCUGCAGAGAUUUUGUUGAAAAAUCAGAAUUUAUGUUUAUGAUGGCAACUUUUGGAGUAAUUUUGAUAUUAAUAAGUCUGGUUCAUUAUCUGAUGUGUUUGUCUGCUAAUUAUGCUCACAUCAGAGAUCAUGAAAAAUUUGAAGAACUUCAAGAAUUACAACUUUUGCAAGACACUGAUUUCGCUACUUCAAAAGAAAGAUUUUAAACAUUAAUUGACUAAACUUUAGUAAACAUUUUUAAACUAAUUGCAUAAAUCAUUCCACGAUUUUUAAAAUAUGUGCUACAUUACAGGGUUUCUAAAUAUUGAUCUACCGUCCAGUUAAUCAUUCAUAGUUUUUAUAUAUUUUAUUAUAUAAGCUUAGGGUUUUAUCUCAGACAAUGGCAAUAUUUUACUUUAUAAUUUUUAUAAAGAAUUUUUAUUUUAAUUACUUAUAAUAUCAUAUAUAAUUUUAGAAGUAUAUAUUUUUAAUUACAAGGUUUUUUAAUUUGAAUCUUAUUGUACUAAAUAUUGUAACUAUAUUUUAAGUAUUACUUUUAAAUAAUAAUUUUUUUUGUAAUAAUGACCAAAAUUGAUAUCUUUAAAUUUAUUUAAAAUUUCAACAACCAAAAAACAAUUUAUAUUCCUGAUUUUGUUUCCUAUUUUAUUUUUUAACAGACUACAAAUAAUUAAGUCUAGUCGUCUUUCUUUUUCUGUUAGGUUUUAUAAUUUUCAUUUUUCCAGUAUUUAGUGGUUUGUUGUUCACUAUAAAUGUAGAAUGUUCCAUUAAAAACUUUUUCCAAUUUUAAGAAAUUAGUUUUUGUUAAACAAUUAUUUUAAUUGUGUAAAUGGUUGUGUGCUUUAAACAUUUACAUUACCAAAAUAUGUAUCCAAUGAGUGUUGACUAUUAUCAUAUGUCAAAACACAUUAUUUUAUAAUACAAUACUCUUUUAUAAUAUAUUGUAUUAAGUGUAAUAUUUGCAUUUUUAUUUUUAUUACAACUUUUGUGUAUCUAUUAGUUAGAAAUUAUUUUUGUAUAAAUUAAUUACAUUACAUUUUUGAUUUCUUAUUAAUUAUUAAAAGCUAGAUUUAAUGUUAUAUUAAUAUAUUUUUUAUCAUUAUCUUAUUCUUAUUCAGGAAAUAAUUUUAUAAUAAAUUGUAAAACAAAUUGAUGAACAGUAUGUAUUCUCUUAAGUCAUCCAAAUCCUAGUUAUCAUAAUAUUGUUUUUAUGUAGUGUAUCAUUCUAAUUGUUUACAUUCUAAUUAAAACCUUACAGCCAAUAGGUAAACAUACUAUUUAAAUAUAUAAUAAUAUAAUAUAUAAUAUAUUAUAUUAUUAAACAUUUGGUUUUUAAAGAUUGUUACAGAGAAAUGGACAACGGCCAGUCAGCCUAUGAUAAAUUACUAAGUAUAUUUGAUGAUAUUAUUGUAAAUAAAGUAAUUUAUUUACCUAUUUACAUAUGGAACCUUGUAUUAAAUUUUAUAAAAUGUUAACUUAAAAAUAAUUUGUAAAUUUUCAAUAUGAUAAAUUAUUUCAAAA